UAGAAUAUUUUCACCUAUAAAAUAAAACCCGACCGUCGGGCAGGGGGAUUUGAAAAUCUGACAGUACGGGUUAAAAUCAACCAGUCUCGGACGGUCGGGCAGGCAGGUAUUUCGAACGCUGCACCAACCCCUCCAGCCACCUAUAUUUAGGUACAUUUUAGUUCACUGUUCUGUUUCAGCAUGCAUGUUCCAGUGUUUUUCUAUUGAAUUCAAUUAUGCGUUUUUAUUCUAUUUCUCCAGUCUGGGUCAUCUUAAAUAAGAACCCCUCUCCGCCGCCUGCUCAACGCCAUUCUCCCGUCAACACGUCAAGGCCAAAUGAUGACAGCACUUUUGUAAUCUGAUACGACAUCUCCAAAUAAACUGCAGCGCGGCCCCGGAACAAAUCCCUUCAGUGAAGGUUCACAUGAACAAAUCUCCCACCUCCUAACUGAUAAAGACGAGGACGGCUGGAUAAUUAAUCUGCAAGCUGUUUGUAACAGACGACACGUUCUUUACUUCCGGCUGGGAAUGCAUUUAUAUUAUACAAUAUCAUCUUCAAUUAGUUCCAACUAUUUUAUCAUCAAGCGUGUCAAAUAGGCAUGGACGUUGUGAAACAAACAAUGAAGACAUAUGGCACACAAAAGAGCUCGGCACAUGUACAUUGUAAGAGUUUACUGGCUAAAGUUGAUGGAAUACUCCAGUGCGAACUGUGUCCAGAAUCAACGUCACGACGGUACAAUGUCAAGGAAGGACACAUCAACAAGCACACACAACAUGCCGUGUAAGUUGGGGAUUUAUGGGUGUUAAGCUGCUUUUUGGAUUGUACUCCGAAACAAGACCGGUGCCAUUACCACUGCCCGUGUGGUAAACUCUUCCGGAGAAAGUUCACAUUUGUCCGACUCACGACCACGGUUUGCCCUUUUGUUCUGACAACAAACCAGACAGCUUCUGAGGAAAGAACUUCAGCAGAGUCCCCUAAAAUCCAAAAAGUGAAGAGAGAGCAAGUUCCGAAAGUGACAUGUUUUGUCUGCAAUGCAAUGAUCUCUAAGAAAAACAUUAAAAGACAUAUUGAGACACACAAUGCACGAGAUGAAGUGAAAACCAAGUCAUACCAACGUGGAAUAUGCGUUGAUAAACACCGCGGUCUCUACAUGAUCAGCAAGUCCAGUAUCGGUCCAGAUUACCCACUUCAUGUACAAAUGAACACUGUCACACAGCAGAUACAAUGUGAACAUGAAAAUUGCAAUUUAGCUUUGGGUGUUGCAGCAAGGGGCAAUGUAGGUAUUUAUCAGUGCCACCAUUUGCAAUCAGUUAUCAUAAAGAAGUGCAAAGCGUGCGGUCACUUCUACAGGUACCAAGAGCACAGGGAUGGUAUACACAAUUUUGACGACCACGUGUUCCUGUCAGUUCGCCUGUGCCACUGGUUCAGAGUUAACUUGAAGAAUCAUACAGCCGUUGGAAGGGCUGCCGAUAUCUUAUCAGAAGAUUCCGGCUUACAUUUUCCCGGAGACAAAAUGUUACAGGGAUAUCUGCACUUUGAGGCAAUGUGCGAUCACAAGUACAACUUUACCUGUGACAUCUGUGGCCGUUUUCCAUGUUGCCUGGUGACAGAUGCAAAUAGGAAAUGUGCAUUUCCAUUAGCAUUGUCACAAGUACCAGGGACAGAAACAGCUACAGAUGGAAUCAACAUGGAUGUGUUUUGGAGCCAAACGGUGGAGGCGUCUAUUUUACUUCGGGGUUUUGGAAAAGAAGCAGCCAACGUCGGGCGUGUUACACCUAGUUAUGACAACUGGGCUCCUUUCAUUGGAUUAGCCAGAAAAGAUGAAAAUGCUUUCAACACUGAAGCUGAAAAAGUUCGAUCUCUCAGAACCCAUCUUCGAGAUACAGAUUUUGAUACAGGGGAUAAGGAACUGACUGAAGAUUUCCUGAUCCAAAUGUUAUGUGAAAAGAAGGUAAAUAUGACAUAAUCGAAAGGCCUUAUUGAUAUCAACUAGGCACAUUUGUAUAAUUCUUGCAAUCUUGAUAUGCGUAGGUAGUAAUA